UCUAAUUACACGAAAAUCACCAUUCUCUUCACUUUUCAAAUUCAAAUAACAAAAAAUUAAAAAAUUAAAAAAAAAAUCAAAGAGUCCACUUCACUCCAUUAAGCGCUAACUUUGAUAUAUCUUCCUAACUUCCUCGUUUUCAAGUCUCAUCUGAUACGGCACACCAAAAACUAUGGCAUCAAAUCUCAGUUACUAUCCACGCGCCACCGCGCACUCCUCUCUCUUCCCUACUACACCGCAACCCCGACGUGAACUACAGCGACUUCUAUUUUCCUCAACAGCUAAAACAAGCAGAGGCGGCAGAGUUAAAGCUGUUUUAGAUAACAAUGGAGAAUCUUAUCUCGACAUGUGGAAGAACGCCGUUGAUCGGGAGAACAAGUCUGUUGAGUUUCAAAACAUGGCGGAGAGAUUAUCCGGUACUGAAACUGGCGGUGAGAUUUUAAACGAUGAUUUUGAGAAGAAAACAGAGGAUUUCAAGAAGAUUGUAGAGUACUCUAAAGAAGAGAGAGACCGUAUUCAGAGAAUGCAGGUCGUUGAUCGUGCUGCCGCCGCAAUCGCGGCGGCUCGUGCUAUUAUUCAGGAAACACGGCCGGUGAAUUCUGAUGGAGGAGAUGAUGAUCAUUUACAGAGUAAUAGCACUCAAGGAACAACGGAUGGGAGCGUCUUUGUGUCUCAAUCCGAGACUUCUGGAAAUGGAGCGCCUGGUCCGGAUUUUUGGUCGUGGACGCCUCCUCCUGAUGAUAGGACUCAAAAUGAUUUUGACUUGAUGGAAGUUAAGAAGCCUUUAAAACCUCUUUUUCCGAGAAGCCGUGUGGCAGUGAAAGAUCGAUCUUCGAGUUAUCUUGAUAUUCCACUUCAGAGUAAACUUUCACCAACUGGAUUCAAUUCUUCUCUUCCUCCAUUGCAGUCACUUAUGGAGGUUAAGAAAGAAGCGGUCUCUGAAUCUAGUCUAGAGACGCCUUCUCUAAAAGAGGAGGAGCGUGAACUUGAUCUUGUAUUUAUGGAACACGCAAUAGAAGCAGGUUAUGUUCUUGCAACUGAGGAGGAGGACAAAGCAUGUAGUGGAGUCGAACCAGAUGGAUCGAGGUGGUGGAAAGAGAAAGGAAUAGAGCGAAGACCUGAUGGCGUAAUUUGCAGAUGGACAAUGCUCAGGGGUGUUAGUGUUGAUCAAGAUGUAGAGUGGCAAGAGAAGUAUUGGGAAGCUGCUGAUGCGUUCGGUCAUAAAGAACUUGGUUCGGAGAAAUCAGGCCGAGAUGCAACUGGAAAUGUAUGGCGUGAGUAUUGGAAAGAAUCUAUGUGGCAGGAAUCUGGCCUUGUACAUUUUGAGAAAACUGCAGAUAAGUGGGGAAAGAAUGGGACCGGUGAUGAAUGGCAAGAGAAAUGGUGGGAACAUUAUGAUGCCUCAAACAAGGCUGAGAAAUGGGCACAUAAGUGGUGCACCAUUGACCCAAAUACACAGCUUGAAGCAGGUCAUGCUCAUGCCUGGCAUGAAAGGUGGGGUGAGAAGUAUGAUGGAUAUGGUGGUAGUAUAAAAUAUACUGACAAAUGGGCGGAGCGAUGUGAGGGUGAUGAUUGGACAAAGUGGGGUGACAAAUGGGAUGAACAUUUUGAUCCAAAUGGUCACGGUGUGAAGCAAGGCGAGACAUGGUGGGCAGGUAAGCAUGGAGAACGGUGGAAUCGUACGUGGGGCGAGCAGCACAAUGGCUCCGGAUGGGUUCACAAGUACGGGAAGAGCAGCAGCGGGGAGCACUGGGACACACACGAGGAGCAAGAGACAUGGUACGAGAAAUUCCCACACUAUGGCUUUUAUCACUGCUUCGAGAACUCGAACAUUCUUCGGGAAGUUCAGGUCCCUUCAGAUAGUCUUGAACCAUAAAUUUUACAUCCUUUUUCUUGAACAUUUGCUCUCUUGCAAAUUGCAUAAAGUUACUACUCGUAGUAUAUUCUCGUUCAGGUAAUACUUAUGAUCUAUAUUUUCAGUAAAUGAGCAUGCAUGCUACUGUCAGAAAUAAAUUUCUUUCAUUAUUAGUGUGCUUGUAACUA